CUGCUGCAGGUGGGCAGACAACUUCACGGCCAAAGGCUGUGGAGAGAGCAAGGAUCACAGCUUCCAGCAUCCCUUCCUCCAGGCAGUGGGCAUGUUCCUGGGGGAGUUCUCCUGCCUGGCUGCCUUCUACCUCCUCCACUGCAGGGCUGCAAGGCAGUUGGACUCCAGCAUGGACCCCCAGCAGCCCUUCAACCCCCUUCUUUUUCUGCCCCCGGCCCUCUGCGACAUGACGGGGACCAGCAUCAUGUAUGUGGCUCUGAACAUGACCAGUGCCUCUAGCUUCCAGAUGCUGCGGGGUGCAGUGAUCAUAUUCACGGGCCUAUUUUCCGUGGCCUUCCUGGGUCGGAGGCUGGUGCUAAGUCAGUGGCUGGGCAUCCUGGCCACCAUUGCAGGGCUGGUGGUUGUGGGCCUGGCCGACCUCCUGAGCAAACACGACGAUCAGCACAAGCUCAGCGAAGUGAUCACAGGCCUCUUUGGCUUCGUGAUCCUCUCCCUGCUGCUCGUGCCCAUGUACUACAUCCCGGCGGGCUCCUUCAGUGGAAACCCUCGCGGGACGCUGGAGGACGCACUGGACGCCUUCUGCCAGGUGGGCCGGCAGCCGCUCAUCGCUCUGGCACUGCUGGGCAACAUCAGCAGCAUCGCCUUCUUCAACUUCGCGGGCAUCAGCGUCACCAAGGAGCUGAGCGCCACCACCCGCAUGGUGCUGGACAGCUUGCGCACCGUGGUCAUCUGGGCGCUGAGCCUGGCACUGGGCUGGGAGGCCUUCCAUGCACUGCAGAUCCUCGGCUUCCUCGUCCUCUUGAUGGGCACUGCCCUCUACAACGGACUGCACCACCCGCUGCUGGCCCGCCUGUCCAGGGCCCGGCCCCCAGCAGAGGAAGGCGAGCAGGAGAGACUGCUGGGUGGCGCUCUGGCUCAGACUCCCAUCAACGACACCAGCUGAGCCUCCUUUGAGGUUUCUGCUGCCUCCUGGGAGCUUCUUCCUCACCCUGAGGCUGAGGCCGUGCAGGCUGGUGGGCCUGAGUGCCCUGUCCCCAAGAUCUUGCCCUGCCCCACCCCCAGCCCCCCAGGGCAGCUGCUACCACAGCCGGUAACAGAAUGCCCAAGGCCCUUCUCACACCACCUGCAGGGUGAUGUUACCCAGGUCCGCUGCUCUGCUGCUCUGACUGACCCCAGCCCUUGUAGCCCCUCCUGCAGCACUAAAGCUAACUCUUCAGUGAAUCGGCAGGAAUUUACAGCCCAAGUAUUUCUGAAUCAUAACUAGAUUGUCACAAUAGACUGUCUAGUUUAUGAGUCAUAAGCUAGAUUUGGUUCUCUAAAAAAGAGAAGUGAGUGAGCAAGUUCAAACCAGAACUAAGCACUGUUUUCUAAAAUGUGUAAGGUAUUCCCUAAAGUUGUCUGGAGGCCUGGGUUUCAGCUCAGACGCAGCUGCAAACUCAGUGUUUACAGUCCCAGCAAUUGCCUGGUGGCUCUGGGCCUUAGUGUUAGGUUCUGGGAAGCAGGUGCUGAUACUGUAGCCUUUGGUGCCCUCUGACCCCAGCCUCCUGUGGGCCUAUGAGUGUGACCAGCCUGCAAAAACAGUAACAGCCCAUCGCUGGAAAUGCCAGUGGCGCCUCCCCUCUCCCCUUCUGUGCCUGUUUGUUGUGCUUGUUCACACACCCCAAGGCCUCCAUGCUUGAGAGAGGUUACAAGGGAAAUUGCAGGUGACCCUAGACAAUCAUUUUAUGAGCUCUUUACCUUCCAUUCUAAAGAUGAGGAAACAGGCCCAGAGUUGUGAGUUGUUAGUUGUUUGGCAAGAGGGAUCUCCUGUCCUCAGCUCUGCCCAGGGGGAACCCCAGCCCAUGCAGCCGAUUCUGUAGCAGACUGGGACCUGGAGCACAUCAGGAUCUCAGCCCGUUCCAGCAACCUGUCCGCAGAGACAACCCCCAGGACGAUGGCCUCACCAGUGUUCUGCCAUUUAGGGUGAUUCUGCUGUCCUGGACAUUGUGUGAAGUGACAACUUUUAUUCUCAUAACAGCUCUCAGGGGUAAAUAAACCCAGGCCCAGAGAAGGUUAAGUGACUGCCUUCUGGAGCCGGACCUGAGGUCCCACCUACCACGCAGAUCCAUGGGGUCUCCAGGGGGUCCACAGGAUUCAGGUGCUGUUGUGCUCCAGGUAGCCUCACCCUAAAGAGAAGGAUUGUGUCAACUAAGCAGUGUUCCAGUUGCUCACCAGAAUGGUUGAGUGCAGCCUCGGCCAUUUCCCUGGGCAGUUGAGUCAUAAACAAAACACCAACCGCCUUCCUUAAAAUAGCCUGAGGGAAAGAAGCUCUUGCCGGGCAAAGUCCUCGGGUUGUGUGGGAUUCCAGCAGUUCCUACAGCUUGUUGGCAGGGGAGGCCCAUUGCACGAGCUCUGAGUCCCAGGGACUCCUGAGUGUCUCUGGGCUACCGGGUCUAUCACAGGAAGAAGGACGUGAAGAUUAGGUAGAGACCCCAGCUGCUUUGUCCAGAAAACCUGGGGCCUUAGAAUGUUGUUUUGGACUUUUUUUUUUUUAAGGAAAAUUGGCAGUAUUGGAUUCUUUUUUUUUUAAUGAAAGAGAAGAGCACAAGAGAGUAGGGGGGGUGAGCUAGAAUGUUGGAAGGAAAAGCUCAUGUGAAAGCAUAGGCAUCCUCUAGUCUUCCACUCACUCUUCAGAUGAAGAAACAGAAGCCCAGAAAGGGGAAGGGACUUCCCCAAGGUCGCACAGCCAGUUACAGGCAAAGCCAGUUUCCUGGUUCUCAGUCCUUGCCCAUUCCAUUCUGCCACAGAUAGUGUAGCCUGGAGCCCACAUGAGAGUCAGGACUGCUCCUGCUGUGGCUGCCCUACCUGUGUGCCAAACUGAGCAAACUGUUAACGAGGGUGUUAGGGGAACCCUUGGCCUUUAUUUGAAUGCUAUCGUAGGAGACUGUUGGCUUUGACACUUAAAUCAUUGGGGGGUUAUAAUAGGAGGUGGUGAGGGGUGGCAGAGCACAGGGAAGGGACCCCUGUCGGACCUGCCACCAACUCAGGCAAGUCACUUACCUCCAAGCAAGUUGGGUAUUCACAUCUCUACAACAGGCAAACAAGCCUCGGUCUCAUAGCCUAGUUGUGAAAAUUGCAGAUUUGUAGGUGCUUGGAAACUGCCAACGCCCGGUGGAGCGUUGUGUAGGGCUGGCUCUCCACAGGGGUGGUGCAUCUCAGUGGCACACAGGUCCCAGAAGAAGCACUGCUCAUGGCACCACUUUUCCUCAGAGGGGGAGAAAUAUUUUAUCAAAAGACCAUCAUGGAGUAAAAUGUAAAAGUCAUAUUGUUUAUAAAUUAAAGAUGAAACCUGGAGACGUGUUUAUGCUGACAGUGGCUACCCUCCCAGAUCCCGGAAGAUGAGUGUGUUUAGAGGGUGACUUCGUGAGGCCUGGCCACGUCGGGCUGGUCAUGUCUGAGGGAGGUAAGGCUCUUCAAUCCUGCGAAGGGUUGUGGGAAAUGUCUAGCUGUGGCCUGUCAUUCCGGAUGGUAGGAGUUUGGCAAAGAGGCCCUUAACCUGAAAUUAGAAUUGACUGAUCGCAAACUUAAAAGAAGUGGUUUAAUUACAGUCUAA